UAAAAACCCAUAUGCUGAUACAUAGAGAGAGCCAUUCCCUUCAAGCUUGAGAAAUUAAGAACCGAUACAAUGAAGAGAUUUAAUGAGCUGAUUCUUGAGUUAAUUUUGAUGGUCAUUGAACAAGCAUUUGUUACUUCUCCAUCAUUCUACACCAUGUCUUUGUGGGACUUUCAUGCAAUGCUUAGAAGAGAGCAUGAAUCUGCAAGAAAGUAUAAAGCUAGUUCAUCUAAUGGACCAAAUGAGGCUCCUAAUAACUCUGGUUUGUUCAACUUCUCUCAUCUUGAAAGACAUGUUGCAUUUUCUCAAGCCAAUCACCAACAAAGUUCAAAAGAUCAAGCAACUACUUCAAAGUCAAAGGGAAAGGGAAAGUUGAUUGAAGAUCCUCUUGUUACUGAACAAACCAAUGUUAUAAACGAACGAUCUAAAACUACACCAAUUGCAAAUCCGUCAGAAACAGCUUCUGACAAGUCUAAGGUCGAUUUGAAGAGGAAGUCCCGUGAAACUGAUGAAGCUGAGGGCAUAGGAGGGAUAAGAAGAAGCAGAGACUGGAUGACUGAAAAGUUGCGUGUUUUGAAAGAACUCAUGAAUAGCUGCAAGGUUGACACGACUUCCUUCGACGAAGAAGCUUUCGACGAAGAAGAUUUCGACGAAGAAGAUUUCAACGAAGAAGAUUUCGACGAAGAAGCAUGCGAAGAAGAAGCAUAUGACGAAGAAGAUUUCAAGUAUCUUGAGAUUUUGAAAACAAUCAGAGAAAACGUAUACAUGGAUCAAAUGGUGUUAAACAUGGAUCAUAUGCACACUUUCUCUCCGAUUAGAAUGGGAUAUGGGAUGGGGAUGAUGAACAUGACCCCCGAAUUCCAUACCCCUUAUGUUAAUGGGACUCCAUUGGUGCUACCUAUUCAUUUUCAUGGCCCGUUCAAUCAACCUUUAAUGUAUAUUCCACCAUAUGCUGGACCAAGUUCAUCGGGAGCGCAUUUUCCACCAUAUGCUGGACCAAGUUCAUCGGGAGCGCAUUUUCCACCAUUGGCUGGUCCAAGUUCAUCCGGAGCGCCUUCAACAAUUCCGAAUAAUGGCUCAACUGCAUUGUCCAAGGAUACACCUAAAAAGUGGGAUCAGCUUCAUUGA